UAAUUUCUUGUUUUAUUAUUUGAAAAAUAUUUUUGAAUAUGUGAUUGGAAAAAAAAUUAAAAGUGGAUAUGAUCAAGACUUUGUUCACGAUCAAGCAAAUGAAACAACUAAAAUAAAAUGGAUUGGAUAUGAAAAUCGAGAUAAAUAUAAUAAGGACCUCAAUCAUAGCAAGAAAAGACCAAAGAAUAUUUUGUUAAUUACUGAUGCAAGCCAUCCUUUUAUUUGUGAUUAUGGCUCUAAUGGCUUUAAACUUCAUGUUUUGUUUUAUGAUUUUAAAAAUCCUUUUGAUUACUUUUUAAAUGACGUUAUGGAUAAGUUAGUUAAUGGUAAAUUAGUCAAUGGUAAAUUAGUUAUAGAUAAACCAGUUAAUG